AUAAAAUAUCUGUUUUUUUUUUUGUUUUCAUGGCAAAUAUUUGCCAAAAAAAAUAAGUAUAGUAUUUUUGUAUACAAUUUUCUUAAGCCUAAAUUUUAGGUUAGGAAUAAAAUAUCGAGAUGUGGUUUUCGCGAGCCUGUUUGGACAUCAUCAACCUACUUUUUCAUUAAAACAAAAUUAUACCAAUAGAAUAUAGUAUAUUGUAUACCUAGUAGGAAAAGCUUAACAUUCCCGGGCGAUCGUAAAAAUCGGCAAUACGGAGUCCGGGAAUGUGGCUUUUCCUACGAGGUCUACAUACUAUUUUUCCGAAAAUCGGGAAUCAUUAAAAUUACGGUAAAUUAUUACUAAUCAUGUUAAAAAUUUUAAAUCAACAUUAUUAUUUUUCCCUUAAAUAAAAGAAGCCAUGAAUCAUUGUUUUGUAACUACGGAAACGAAGUACAUAAGUUUAAAUUGUCAAACUUGACGAGUGAAAAGUUUAUUUGUGGCGUCUUUCCAAAGUGUUGAUUCUUUAACGUUUUAAAAAGCCAAAGUAACGUGUAAAAUGAUGAGUGAUGAUGACUGUUCCAUUUCUGAAACCCUCCCAGAACUCACGGAGGCAGUGAAUGCUGCAUCAUUGGAAUUGUUACCAAUAAAAUCUAGAAAUAAGUAUAACUAUGCAUACAGCCGCUUCAUGGACUACCGUACGAAUAAAAAUGUAACUUCUUUCUCGGAAAAUGUUGUAAUGGCAUACUUCUUGGAGCUUGGUUCCAAGAUAAAUUCUUCAACUUUAUGGGCCAAUUAUUCAAUGCUGAAGGCAACCCUUGCAAUUAGACAUGAUGUGGAUAUAUCUGAAUAUUCAAAACUUCGGGCAUUCCUGAAACAACAAGCACAUGCCUAUAAGCCAAAAAAAUCCAAGAUUAUAACUAAAGAAGAAAUAAACAAAUUUAUUCAGGACGCUCCAGAUAAGGAAUAUUUAAUGAUUAAGGUAGCUGUAAUAUUUGGAAUUUCCGGAGCUUGCACAAUGGACGAGCUGGUUAAAAUGACUUUACAAGAUAUACAAGACCUACUAUCUAAACUUUUAGUUACCAUACCGGAUUCAAAAACCAAUACAUCAAGAUCAUUUAUAGUAAUAGUUAUUGUCAUACAAAUAAAAUUAUUAGUUUGGAAAAUAUUCAACAAAAUAAUGCUAUUAGUUCCCAAGUUCUUCCAGUUUUCAAUACUUGUACUAAUUGUCAAAUAACAGUAAAUAUAACAAAUAAUAAGUAAUAAUUUUAAAAUAUAAUGUUAACCUUGUUUGUGCUGAAAGUUUUAAAAAUAAAAUUGUUUAGGAAAAAGCCUGUUCGCAUUUAUGUUCUAAAGUUUACUGUAUGGAAAUAACAUUUCCUUACAGUACAGAAAUGAAUAUUUCCUUACUGUUAUUUUCGGUUGCCAGGCAACAAUCAAGUUGGAGGAAAUAUUGACUUUUUCUUUCAAAUAUGUUGUCAAAAAUGUUAUUAUUUCUUAUCGAUUUUCGGAAUUUUUUUUUUUUUUUAAUUAACCAUUUCUAUCAGAAUGUUAGAGGAAGCCCUCUGGUGGCGACAUAUGAAACUAGCAAAACUUCGAAUACUAAAACACUUCAAGCCCAAGAAUGGCUCUUUCUAAAAAACACAAUUGUGUUACAGUCACUUUAUUUUUAGAGAUAUAGCAGAAACUGUCGAACAAAAAAGUUUCAGAUUUUUUGUAAUGUUAAUAAGUCGAAAUUCACAAAAACUACAAGGCUCUGCAAUGAGUACGUUCCGAGAUACAGUACCCCGCAGUCUUAGUUGGCCACCCUGUACAUAGAUCUGGAUCUGCCAUGUGUCAUGUAGAUGCAUUGAGUAGAUAUCCGAUAAUGAUGAUUGUUAUGGAUAGCCUGACUAAUAAGAUUAAAAGAUUACAGGAAGAAAACAUUGAAAUAAA